AUGCCUUGUUGCAAGCAACAGAAUCACUUCCAGAGUUUGAUGCUUCUGCAGUGGCCCCUCAGCUACCUUGCCAUCUUUUGGAUCUUGCAGCCGUUGUUCAUUUCCCUGCUAUUUACACGCUUGUGGCCACUCCCAGCGCUUUAUUUUGUCUGGCUGUUCCUGGACUGGAAGACCCCAGAUCAAGGUGGCAGACGCUCAGCCUGGGUAAGAAGCUGGAAUGUGUGGACAUACAUCAGGGACUAUUUCCCCAUUACGAUCCUGAAGACCCAAGACCUGCCACCUGAGAACAACUAUCUCAUGGGCGUCCACCCUCAUGGCCUCCUGACCUUUGGUGCCUUCUGCAACUUCUGCACCGAGGCCACAGGCUUCUCAAAAACUUUCCCAGGCAUCACUCCUCACCUGGCCACGCUGUCCUGGUUCUUCAAGAUCCCCAUUAUUAGGGAGUACCUCAUGGCCAAAGGUUUGUGCUCCGUGAGCCAGCCCUCCAUUGACUACCUGCUGAGCCAUGGUACUGGCAACCUCGUGGGUGUGGUAGUGGGAGGUGUGGGAGAGGCCCUGCAGAGCGUGCCCAACACCACCACCCUCAUUCUCCAGAAGCGCAAGGGCUUUGUGCGCACGGCCCUCCAGCAUGGGGCUCAUCUGGUCCCCACUUUCACUUUUGGAGAAACAGAGGUGUAUGACCAAGUGCUGUUCCAUAAGGACAGCAAGAUGUAUAAGUUCCAGAGCUUCUUCCGCCGGGUCUUUGGCUUCUAUUUUUGUGUUUUCUACGGACAAGGCUUCAGCCAACACACCACUGGGCUCUUGCCAUACUCCCGACCUAUCGUCACUGUGGUUGGUGAGCCUCUAUCACUACCCAAAGCUGAAAAGCCAAGCCAGGAGCUGGUGGAUAAAUACCACGCACUCUACAUGGAUGCCCUACAUAAGCUUUUUGAUGAGCAUAAGACUCAGCAUGGCUUCCCGGAGACCCAAAAGCUGCUUUUCCUGUGA